CUUUAGUCAAAUCAUCCUCCAAGCCCAUACCGAAAAAAGAGAGAGAACAGCAUCGAGGCGACAGAUUGCGUUCACCUAAGUGGCAACAAAUGCCACCACUUCUUUGCCGAUGAGAAAUGGCGCUCGUUUACGGAAGUGAACCAUCAACGGCGUAUUGCUAUUUCACACCAAAGACAAUGGCUUCGGGCUCAAGCCAGAACAGCAAGCCUUCGAGCCAGAGUACAGCCUCGGGGCCUUCCAGCUCGCCUCCCAUCUCGAUCCCGCAGAAGAAAACAGACCUGAAGUCUUUGAUUCCGACACCUCUUGCUUCCCACGAAACAGAACCAAAAACGCCUGAUCUAAGGAAGAGUCCUGCAGGCCAUACCUUUGGGCCUCAAUUUCCUCCCACGCCUGGAGAUGCACCACCAGAGAAGCCCAAACGGAUGCCAAGUCCUUCCUUUGUAUUCGAUCGGGCUGAAGUGAUCCUUGAGAGUCUAAAGUCCGGUUUUAAUACCCGCGAGAGGUUGAAACCCUUGACAGAAGAGACGUUCACUAGAUUGAGAGCAGCUAUCGAUGGUGAUACUCUAUUGCCUUUUGAGGUUGAACCAGAAGCUUUCGAGGAGUGGAGUCAGAACUUCGCUGACCUCGGAGGUUACGAAUACGAUCCAACUCGGAAAGAGCUGAAAAUCUUGACUCUACCAGGGGUCAUACACGAAAGAGUUGCCGAAGCUUUCAGUAAGUGGUUUGGGAAGGUCCAAGAGACUUUUCAGCAAGAAGAUAGAAUGCACUUCACACACAACGAAGACUAUACUCUCGAGAACGGAUCAAGUCUAACUCCCGAUGGAUAUAUUUCAGUCGAAACUGAGGGUCCUAUUGUCGCAAUCGAGGUGGGAGUUUCGCAACCUUUUGCCAAGCAGGUAGAAAAGGCACAAAAAUGGCUCUUGAAAGGCCCCGCACGACUGGUAAUACUAGUUGAUAUUGAUAUCACCACUCUCGGGAAGGGAGAAUUUCCCAGUUCUUUUACGAGCUCGACUUCUUCCACACUAGGGUCUCAAGAAGCUCCACCAUACGGGAUCACCAAGCGAGACCUUGAGAGCCUCAAGGUUAAAGAGAUAGCAUCGAAGAUAUACAAUUGGUACGACGACAAGACAGCACUUGCCAAGCUCAUGCAUGUUAGCCUAUAUCUGUACCGGCACAAGCCAGGGAAUCCCAAAGCGAUUAAUCAAGAUGCCAAGUUUGUUAUCUUCGAUGAGAGGAGCGGGUUUAAAAAUUGGACAUCUUCGGAAGGAUUCGUGACCACGAAUGAUCUCGACAUACCUAUUGGCAACAAGAAAGAAAACAUCGCUCUGCCGUUUGAUCUUUUGAAAGCUUGCUUUGACCCGGCCCUCGAGAAGCAGCAGAUCCGGAUCGCAGAGAAAAAGGCGCGAGAGAUAUUGAUCUUGUAUGGACAUGAACAAGACAACUCAAGUUUCCAACCCUCUUCAGGUACAGGAGAAAUUCACUCGCACUUGCAAGAUGCAGGACUUCAUGGAGAUGUCCUCGAGCGUCCACAGACAAGGCAAGAAAAAAAACGGAAGUUGAGUAGCGCAGUCGAUGUUGGAAGCGACUUAGACUCCUCAUUUGGUCCAGCACAAAGUUUUCAGACCACCAGUAGCGGGGUGUUCCAAAUGGACCCUCCGGUUCCAUCAGAUGCUCCACAAUUCUCACAACGAUCGUCUCCCAUCCCGCCAGUCGAUUCACAACUACCGAAAGCUUCGCUGGCGAGUUUCUCGUCGACCGUGGGCUCAGAAUCGUCGUCAUCGCAACGUUCACCAAAACGCACAAAGAGGAAGAAGAAUGCAUAAGGAGCCUACUUGCCCCCGGUGCGAUGAAGGACUGCGUAAUGUCGUAUUGCUAAUCUAUAAUACGAUAUCCGGAACCACUUUAAUAUGAAACUAACCAAUAACGAUACUGUAAAUGCGCGAAGGACAAGUUCGUAGGAGAUAGUGACUCUUCUACACUAGCUAUUUUUGGAAUUGACGAAGCACAAUAAAUCGUUGUUAAACCCGAAUCCUAAUUUGAGACGAGGCGAGGCUGAGGUUUUGGUUGUUCCCUACUCUCGCUUAAGCUGUCCCCUACUUUCAAACUCUGCAUAAGCUCGUUUAUUUAGCUAAUCCCUAUUAUCACUUAACGAGUAACGGGC